AUGCGCCAACCGGCGGCGUUCUCGGGCACGUCUGGAAACCGCCCGUCACAAGGGCUCAUGGUUCUGGAUGGAGUCAUGCCUAUUUCCUACGGCGCCGACACGGCCGGUGUUUUUGCGCGCGAUCCUCGCGACUGGGCGAAGUUUGCUAAGCUUUGGUACGACCCUUCGCUUUAUCAAGACAGCAGUCUCAACGGUCUACCCGCACUUGAGGUUCCAGAUUCUCGUGCAUUUUCGAAGCGGAUUCUGUAUGCGACGGACCACCUCCCGCUGAAAAAUGCCGCCGCUGAAGACGUCCUCCAGAGAUUUUUGGUUCGACUCAGCAAGGUACUAAACUUGACGGUAACGAGAGUCAACAUCACGGACACAGUGGAAACCGUCACUGGCCGAGCCUUCGAUGGGAUCCUGGCCGAUCUGAACACCAUCUGGACCUACACCCAGCUUAAAGUCGUGGCCACGCCACUGCUCGCUUACUACAGCCCUGCAUUUCCCUCUUUGGAUAGACCGUUCCGAAACACUUUCAAAAAAUUCACGCUUGACGCCAAAGGCCAUACCGAGGCGCUUGAGCGCCGACGUAGGGAUUCGGACGCAUGGCACCGUGAUGUCCUAUUCAACACAAGCGAGAGCUGCUCCGAGUCCGUCAUGAUCUAG